AUGAAAGUAGUCAUUCAAAAAGUUAGUCAGGCUUCUGUUGUUGUCGAAAAACAAGUAAUUUCAAGUAUAAAACAUGGAUAUAUGUUAUUGGUUGGUAUCUCUACCGAAGAUACAACCCAAGACAUUGAAAAGUUAUCAAAGAAAGUGUUAAAUUUGAGAUUAUUCGAAGAUGAAGAAGGUGCAGGAUGGAAAAAAAAUAUAAAAGAAGUAAAUGGCGAGAUCUUAUCUAUUUCUCAGUUUACUCUAUUAGCAAGAACAAAAAAAGGAACCAAGCCAGAUUUCCAUAUGGCUCAAAAAGGGCAUAUUUCUAAAGAAAUGUACGACAACUUUCUUAAUUUAUUGAAAAGUGACCUAGGGGAAUCGAAAGUACAAGAUGGCCAAUUUGGUGCAAUGAUGAGUUGUUCAUUAACGAAUGAAGGUCCAGUGACAAUACUGUUAGACUCUAAUGUUAGUACAUAG